CCCCCCGAGGAUCAGUCCACACAAAGCUCGCUCUCUCUCUCGCUCUGCUUGAUCUCUCUAAUCUCUCUCUCUCUCUCUCUCUGCGUUCACAUUGGCUGGUUCAUUGAAGAUAAAGCAUUUUGGUUUCAGAUUGUUCAUCUAAUAAAUUAAUUACCUACAUUUAUCCCCCCCUUCAAUUCUUCCCCCACCAACACCCUAGCUGUUUGUUUCCUCUCUCUCUCUCUCUCUCUCUCUCUCUCUGCAACUGAUCUCUGAGCUCAACUUUCGUAUGCUUUUUUCUUGGUUGCUUCUUUUCUUCAAAACAACCAACUUUACAUCUGUCAAGCGUUUCAUCAAUCAGUUUCGAUACUAAUACCAAAGAAUUAUACUCACAAAUUCACCGUUCAUCAACCAGUUUUCCAAUCAGUGUUUCCCUUCUCUUCCCAGAGAGAACCCACACUCUUCUUCCCUCUAUAUAAUUUUUUACUCAAAAGAGGCCUCUAAACCAUGACCCACUUGCACUUCUCAGCUUCUUCUCUUCUCUUCUAAAACCCAUUUCUGUCUCUGUAAACCCAUCUCCCAAGAGACCCUUUUGGGAAAAUCCCCCAUUGAUCUCUACCCCGUGCUCUGAGUGAGUGAACACAAUGACCCAUUUAGACUUCUUCAAGAAAUUCAAGCGAUUGACCCCUCCAGAACCCUCACCUAGCAUUCUUGGCUUCUUCUUUGUCUCUGUUUUCUUCAUCCUCUGCUUCUUUUAUUUGGAUUUCCGAAUUGUGACCAGAGGGUUUCGCUCUCUUGGGUACCCCAACUCAGUGACAUGGUUUGGCUUGAAUCAGUCGGUGGGGGAGUAUCCACUGCCGGGGUUUCUUGAAGAGGAUGGUGGUGAUUGUGACGUGUUUGAUGGUAAUUGGAUUUAUGAUAUUAGUUAUCCACUGUAUAGGUCGGAGGAUUGCUUGUUCUUAGACGAAGGAUUUCGAUGCUCUGAGAAUGGCAGGCCAGAUAAUUUCUACACUAAGUGGCGUUGGCAACCUAGAAAUUGCAAUUUGCCCAGAUUUGAUCCAAAGAACAUGCUGGAAAAGCUGCGGAACCGCCGGCUUGUAUUUGUGGGCGACUCUAUUGGAAGAAAUCAAUGGGAGUCCCUUCUCUGCAUGCUGUCUCCUGCAGUUCCUAAUAAGACUUCAAUAUUUGAAGUCAACGGGAGUCCAAUCACAAAGCACUCUGGUUUUUUGGUGUUCAAGUUUGGGGAUUUCAACUGCACCAUUGAGUACUACAGAGCUCCAUUUCUAGUGCCACAAGGUAGGGCUCCGGCUGGAGCUCCAGAAAAGGUGAAGUCUACUUUGAGAGUGGAUCGGUUGGAUUGGAGCUCCUCACAAUGGAAAGGUGCAGAUGUGCUGGUUUUCAAUGCUGGACAUUGGUGGAAUUUUGAGAAAACUAUAAGAGGGGGUUGUUACUUUCAAGAAGGGGAAGAAGUGAAGAUGGAGAUGAGUGUAGAAAGCGCCUUUCAGAGGUCAAUUAAGACGUUGGUGGAGUGGAUAGAUAAUGAAGUAGAUUUGAACAAGACCAAGGUCUUCUUUCGAACUUAUGCUCCUGUACACUUCAGUGGUGGUGACUGGAAAACUGGCGGUAGCUGUCACCGGGAGACAUUGCCUGAAUUUGGUUCACUGCCUGUUUCAUCCCAAACAUGGGUUCACUUAAAGAUUGUCAUUGAUGUGUUAUCUGAAUGCUCAGAUAAGUCACAAGAGAAGAAAGUGGAUUUAUUGAACAUAACAUACCUGACAUCACAGAGAAAAGAUGGCCACUUGUCUUUGUAUUAUUCAGGGCUCGGGCCGGCCCCUCUCCACCGUCAAGACUGCAGCCACUGGUGCCUGCCUGGUGUCCCCGAUUCAUGGAAUGAGCUUCUCUAUGCACUCUUCCUCAAAUGGGAGUACAAUCGCACGCAGAAUUCAAUGAAGGCAGCUCCAGCUCCAGUGUGAUCAAGUGUGAAGUUAUGCAUAUCUCUACAAUUAACAACAUUGAUUUCUUAAACGGUCACUACAUUUAUGGGUACUUGGAUAAGGUUUUGACCUUCAAUCAACUGCCAAGGCAUAAUUAUUCACAAUAGAAUGAGUUAGGUGCGGCUCUUCUUUGAUCAAUGCAUCUCUAGUUCCUCGAUGGACCAAUAUUGUUUGGACAUCAUAUUCAAGCUUUACGCUAAACAGGAAAGAGAGAAU